UCUUGAACUAUGUUUGAGUAGUUGCGUUGUUGGUUGACUGCAACGAUCUCAGCAGAGCGGUCGGUAUUUAUGAGAAGCGGGUAACGAUAAUUACUUUACGCCUAGUUUGUGCAAGCUAGAAGGUUUAAAAUGCAGUGGGUCAUCACAAAACAUAACUAGCUCUAAAACUGCAUCUAUGCUGUAAUUAAGACCUAUCUCAAGUUGAGGAGGUCAAGCUAACAUCGUAUUGAUCAGCCUGGUAGUAUUUUCUUAAGCGAGUCAUUAAUAUGCAAACUAAACUUGUAACACGAGAUCAAUUGUGGAAAACGAAUAAUCAGGUGUUGGCGCCAGGGCCAAACCCAUUGUCCAUGUUGGUAAGUGACGAUCUCUCAAGUGAUUUCCAGUUACCGGUUUAUUCUAGUUCGAACCAAUUAAAUAUUUAUCGGUUAUUAUAGCAAAAGACAUAUACCUUACCACGAAACCCGCUUGUCUCACUUGUCACCCCAGAACGCAAACAAUCGACCAUAAUUUUUACUCGCGAGAUGUUUACACGAUGCUUCCCAAUUGAUCCCCCAACCGAAUCAAAACAAAUCCCCGAUCAUCGUCAAUCAUCACAGCCGUAGUGCAUUGUUGAACGGUCGGGUUGACUGCCGGCAGCCGUCCCGUCAUUAGAAUGUCCGCUUGAUCAGCACGCUACAGACAAAGCGAUCGCCGUUUUCGCCGCUCGUCGGGAUCCUAAAAUAGCUUGUUAAGGCUUGGACAAACAACCGUUUCGCGAAGAUUUUUAAUAGUCUGUUGGUACCAUUACGGCUGAUAGCUGAUAAUCGCUCGACCUCGGUGAGUUCGAUCAGCCGCUGCGCGCGCUUCGUUAUCAGUUGCCUCCGUGAAGAUCACUCUCCGGUUGACCCGAUCGUAGUUCAGUAGCAAGCCCACAGUCGAACCGUCAGGAUGGUCAUCAGAAUAGCUCUGGUUCAGCUCAAGAUCGCGGGAGCGCGCGAGAAAAUCUUGAAGAACGCAGUGGAUCUGAUCCGGAUCGCCAAGAAGGAGAAGUUCGCGAACGUGGUGGUGCUGCCGGAGAGCUUCAACAUUCCGUACAGCGAGGCGGACUUUGCAGCGAACGCCGAGGCGAUCCCGUCCGGGGAGACGAGCCAGGCGCUGAGCGAAGCGGCCAGCCACUUUGGGGUGUACGUCGUGGGAGGAUCGUUUGUGGAGCGUGAUCGCGAUGGGAAGCUGUUCAACACCUGUACGGUUUGGGGACCCGACGGCGCGCUUGUGGCCAAGCAUAGGAAGGUCCACCUCUGCGACACCAACAUCCCGGAGAAGCUGGUGGUGAACGAGACGUCGGUGUUUACCCGUGGCGAUAGCUACACGACGUUCUACGUGGGUGAAACCAAGAUCGGGCUGGGCAUCUGCUGGGACAUGCGGUUUCCGGAGUUUGCCGCGGCGUACCGUGCGGACGGGUGUGAUCUGCUGAUCUACCCGGCCGUUUGUGACUGCUACACCGGCGAGUUGCACUGGGAACUGCUGGCUCGGGCUCGUGCCGUCGACAAUCAGGUGUUUGUUGCGUUCUGCUCGCCGGCACGGGAUCCCCACGCGGACCUGGUGGCGUACGGACACUCGCUCGUUGUAGAUCCGUGGGGACGGGUCAUUCAGAAGGGCACCGAGUUCCAGGAGAUUGUCGUGGCGGAUUUGGUACUGAAGACGCUGCCCGAAGCACGCAGUCAGAUUCCGGUGCUGCAGCAGAAGAGAGGUGACCUUUACGAGUUGGUGAAGAAGAAGUGACGCGGAACUGACCAAGGAAGAUUGUGAUUGCGUGAUGAUGGAAAAUUUUUAACAAAUUUAUUGUGACGAAUUCAGGACUUUUUGUGUAUACGUUUUAAAAAUUGUGAUAAUGAAUAAAAACACGUGCAUCGCGGUGGUAUGUUGAUAAGGAA